UCAAGAGUGAGCGUAUAAAAUGGCAGAUUCCCGAGGGAAAAAGCAUCAGUUCCCAAAGGAAAUCCAACCAUGACAUCCCCAAUUGUGACUCUGCUGCUCGUCGGGAUCUGCUGCCUGGGCUUCGUCCAAGUGGCCAGGUCGGAGUGCUGCGUUGAAAUGGAGUUGGUGACGUUCAAGAUGGAAAGGGGCAACUGCGCGGACGUGGGCGGCCAAGGAGAUUUGUCGAUCAAGUGCGAAGUGACGAUCUGCGCCGAUGGCGUCGCCCAAGUGGGCACCUUCUGCGGCCAGGGACCGUGCAACAUCUUUGGCUGCAACUGCGACGGCGGCUGCCUGACCGGAAAUUGGUCCGAGGACUUUGUGACGAAGAACCAGCAAUACGGCAUACACAUCGUUGAAGUCAGGAGGAUACCAUUGUAG